UUUCAACAGAUCCCAGUGAUAGCUGUCAUGGCAACAGGCGGAAGUGUCAGGGCAAUGUCAGCAAUGUAUGGCCACCUCUUAGGUCUCCAGAAGCUGAAUCUCUUGGACUGUGCUACAUAUCUCACUGGUACUUCUGGCUCAACAUGGACCAUGACCAACCUGUACAAAAAUACUGACUGGUCACAGAAAACUCUGGAAGGGCCAAUCAAUCUAGCAAAGAAACAGGUGAUGAAGAGCAAGAUGAAUGUUAUUUCCAUGGAGCAUCUGAAGUAUUAUCAUGAAGAGAUGAUUAAGAGGGCAAAAGAAGGACACAUCUCAUCUUUUACAGAGCUGUGGUCACUUGUUCAGGAAGCGUUUUUACAUGAUGAGCCAGAGGAGAGUAAACUCUCAGACCAGCGCAAGGCUGUGGAUCAGGGUCAGAAUCCCUUGCCUCUCUAUGCAAUCCUCAACGUCAAAGCGGAACAAAUCAGCACUUUUAAAUUUAGAGAAUGGGUGGAGUUCUCGCCUUAUGAGGUGGGAUUCCAGAAAUACGGAGCCUUCAUUCGAUCAGAAAAUUUUGACAGUGAGUUCUUCAUGGGAAGGUUGGUGAAGAAGCUCCCAGAGUCUCGGAUCUGCUUUCUGGAAGGUAUCUGGACUAAUGUUUUUACUCGGAAUUUGCUGGAUAGCUUAUACUGGUCCUCAAAUUCAGAUGAAUUCUGGGACCACUGGGCCAAAGACAUGGUAGAUAUAGCUAGAGAAAAUAAUGCUUCUGAUGACUCUUCCAUUGUCAUCAAAUCUUCAUGUUCCACGUCAGGGAACCUUUGCGAAAUUUUUAACGACAUUCUAACCACCCGCCUGCUACUUGAAGAGAGUCAUAACUUCUUGAGAGGCCUAGAAUUUUACAAGGACUAUCUCCAACAGAGAGGAUUUAUUGACUGGAAAGACACUGUGCUGGACGUAUCCCCUAACAAACUGACUCCACAGGAGAAACAUCUCUGCCUAAUAGAUGUUGGCUAUUUCAUUAACACCAGUUGCCCACCGCUUCUCAAGCCAGAGAGGAACGUGGAUGUCAUCAUCUCACUUGAUUACUCAAUGGGCAAUAUAUUCCAGCAAUUAGAGAUGACAUACAGAUAUUGCAAAACGCAAGGAAUCCCAUUCCCCAAAAUUGAGCUGAGUGAGGAAGACAGGAAGAAUCCCAAGGAAUGUUAUAUGUUUUCAGAGGCAGAGAACCCCAGAGCUCCCAUAGUGCUCCACUUCCCAUUGGUGAACAACACUUUCAAGGACUACAAGGAACCUGGGGUGAAGCGCAGUCCCUUGGAGAUGGAGGAUGGUGAUAUAAAUUUGACCAACAAUAACUCACCAUAUUAUUUUACAAAACUGGUGUACUCUGCUGAAGACUUUGACAAAUUGGUGAAUCUGAGUAGCUACAACAUCCUCAAUAACAAAGACCUGAUUCUACAGGCCAUCCAGAGGGCUAUGGCAUGGAGGAGAACCAACAUGAGUGGAUGUUUACCCACUGGUUCUGAAGUUCAAUCUACCUAGGCAGUAUUUCUGCAUCAUCUACCCGCUAUAGGUUUAGUGUUCCACCAA